GCUGCCCGGCGCCCCAACGACGGAGCUGCUGCGCCCCGGGCCAUGGUGCCGUCGCGCAGGACGUGGACCCUGGGAGCCACGCCCUCGCUGCGCGGCCUGUGGACAGUGGGCCGGGCCGGGGAGCCCGCGCCGGGCAUGGCUCGCCCCGCCCCAGCCGGCCCGGCUGCCCGCCCUUUCCCACACAACGGCCCGGGGAGGUUGAGAACUGGGCGUGGAAAGGACACCUCGGCUAGCGGCGGGGACGAAGACUCGGGGCCCCGAGGGGCAGCUCGCCCAGCCCUUGCCCACUGCCGGGCCCUCAGCGUGGACUGGGCCGGCUCCGGGAGCCCCCACAGACUCUACCUGACCGUGCAGCAGGCCCUGCGGGACAAGGGGUGCGAGAGCAAGAGUCAGGGGCCGAGAGAAGAGAAGGUCCCGAAGAAGCCGGCGCCAGCCGCCAGGCGGGACCGGGACACCCCGGAAGCUGGUGGUGCCAUGAAUGUAGAGAAAACAGGUGGGAGGCUCUUUGGCAGCGGGCGGUGCGCCAACCUGUCGGGGUCACCCCGGGCAGCCCCCGUGGUGCACAGGAUGGUGGAGGCCAUGGCCCAGCUGCAGGAGGAGAAGGCCCGGCUGCAGGACGAGCUGGCAGCCCUGCGGGACCCUGACCAGCAGGCCACAGCCACCCAGCUGCAGAGCCAGGUGGAGAGCCUGAAGGAGAAGCUCAUCAGUCAGGCACAGGAAGUGAGCCGGCUUCGAUCGGAGCUGGGCGGCACCGACUUGGAGAAGCACCGGGACCUGCUGAUGGUGGAGAACGAGCGGCUGAGGCAGGACAUGCGGCGCUGUGAGGCGGAGCUGCAGGAGCUGCGGGCCAGGCCGGGCGCCCCGUGCGCCGGCUGCGAGCACAGCCAGGAGAGCGCCCAGCUCCGCGAGCAGCUGUGCCAGCUGCAGCUGGAGGUGACGGAGAACAAGGGCAUGGUGUCGGAGCUGAACCUGGAGGUGCAGCAGAAGACGGACCGGCUGGCCGAGGUGGAGCUGCGCCUGAAGGACUGCCUGGCCGAGAAGGCGCAGGAGGAGGAGCGGCUCAGCCGCCGCCUGCGCGACAGCCACGAGACCAUCGCCAGCCUGCGGGCGCAGUCGCCGCCCGUCAAGUACGUCAUCAAGACGGUGGAGGUGGAGUCCCCCAAGACCAAGCAGGCACUGAGCGAGUCGCAGGCCCGGACCCAGCAGCUGCAGGAGCAGGUGUCCAUGCAGAGGCAGGUGCUGAAGGAGAUGGAGCAGCAGCUACAGAGCUCACACCAGCUGACCACACAGCUCCGGGCGCAGAUCGCCAUGUACGAGUCGGAGCUGGAGCGGGCGCACGGGCAGAUGCUAGAGGAGCUGCAGUCCCUGGAGGAGGACAAGAACCGAGCGGUGGAGGAGGCCUUUGCCCGCGCCCAGGUGGAGAUGAAGGCGGUGCACGAGAACCUGGCAGGCGUCAGGACCAACCUGCUGACCCUGCAGCCGGCCCUGCGGACCCUCACCCACGACUACAACGGGCUCAAGCGGCAGGUGCGCGGCUUCCCGCUGCUGCUGCAGGAGGCGCUGCAGAGCGUCAAGGCCGAGAUCGGCCAGGCCAUCGAGGAGGUCAACAGCCACAACCAGGAGCUGCUACGCAAGUACCGCCGGGAGCUCCAGCUGCGGAAGAAGUGCCACAACGAGCUGGUGCGGCUGAAAGGCAACAUCCGGGUGAUUGCUCGAGUCCGGCCGGUCACUAAAGAGGACGGGGAAGGACCGGAGGCCACCAAUGCCGUGACCUUCGAUCCGGACGACGACUCCAUCCUCCACCUGCUGCAUAAAGGGAAGCCAGUGUCCUUCGAGCUGGACAAGGUGUUCUCCCCGCGGGCCUCGCAGCAGGACGUGUUCCAGGAGGUGCAGGCGCUCAUCACCUCCUGCAUCGACGGCUUCAAUGUCUGCAUCUUCGCCUACGGGCAGACGGGCGCCGGCAAGACCUACACUAUGGAGGGGACCCCGGACAACCCGGGCAUCAACCAGCGGGCACUGCAGCUGCUCUUCUCGGAGGUGCAGGACAAGGCGUCUGACUGGGAGUACACCAUCACUGUCAGCGCCGCCGAGAUCUACAAUGAGCUGCUCCGGGACCUGCUGGGACAGGAGCCCCAGGAGAAAUUAGAGAUCCGGCUGUGCCCAGACGGCAGCGGGCAGCUGUACGUGCCCGGGCUGACCGAGUUUCAAGUGCAGAGCGUGGACGACAUCAACAAGGUCUUUGAGUUCGGCCACACCAACCGCACCACGGAGUUCACCAACCUGAACGAGCACAGCUCGCGCUCGCACGCGCUGCUCAUCGUCACGGUGCGCGGCGUGGACUGCAGCACCGGCCUGCGCACCACGGGGAAGCUCAACCUGGUGGACCUGGCGGGCUCGGAGCGCGUGGGCAAGUCGGGCGCCGAGGGCAGCCGCCUGCGGGAGGCCCAGCACAUCAACAAGUCCCUGUCGGCCCUGGGGGACGUCAUCGCGGCGCUGCGCUCCCGCCAGGGCCACGUGCCCUUCCGCAACUCCAAGCUCACGUACCUGCUGCAGGACUCGCUCAGCGGGGACAGCAAGACCCUCAUGGUGGUGCAGGUGUCCCCAGUGGAGAAAAACACCAGCGAGACACUGUACUCCCUCAAGUUCGCCGAGAGGGUGCGCUCCGUGGAGCUGGGCCCCGUGUCCCGCCGGGCAGAGCUGGGGUCCUGGUCCAGCCAGGAGCAUCUGGAGUGGGAGUCCGCGUCCCAGGUGGCCCCGUCUGCAGCCCGCGCUCACUCAGCCCCUGGCUCGGUCUCCAGCAGCCGCCCAGGCUCCAUGAGGAGGAAGCUGCAGCCGUCAGCCUGACGGCUGGGGCUGCGCGUCUCCAGGGAAGUUGAGACCCGUGCCUGUGUGAUGGACAGACAGAGGUGACCGCGCCGCAGGGCAGGUUCCAGGCCUGGCCAGGCUGCUCUGCUGCAGUGUCCGAAGCCUGGGGGGCCGGCUGGGCGGGAGUGGAGGACACUCUGGUGCCAGCUCCCCGCGGAGAGGAGCAACACCUUCAGAAGAAAGGGCCGGCUUGUGGCUGGGGCUCUGGGUGCACGCGGCACAGGCUGGGACGGCAGGAAGGGCCAGUUCAGCCAGGCGGGCCCCGGGCCAUCGGAGUGGGCCCUUGGGGUGGGAGGAGCGUGGGUGGGCCCGGCUCUGCCCGCCGGCAGGAACCGUGGGAAGCGGGCGGGUGUGUGUCAUGUCGUGUGGGAGGUGUGGAGCGUGGCCCCCCGCCAACGGGUAUUUAUGGCUGCAGGAGGCCGGUGGGCAGCUUCUGCUGCUCCCCCUGCCUGGCUCAGGCUCUCCAUGCCCACGGGCCUCCUGGCAUUUUUCCUCCCUCUGAAAUCCUAUUUAAGACCUUUUGGAAGCUUAGCCAUUUUUACUUGUUAAAAUAAAAGCCUUUUUACACAA